AAAUCACGCUUCCAAGACACCCGACCCUCUAAAAGGGGUGACGUCAGGUUAGAGCCCCCGGGACGUGUCUGGUGUCCCAGCCUCUUUGAGCUCGGUCCGCGGGGCCCCAGGGGAGGGGUUUCUCAGCGGCUGACUGGCCACCACCAACUGCAGUCUCCGCUAUGCCUCCGCCGCGGGGUGAUGUGACCGCCCUGUUCCUGGGUCCUCCAGGCUCGGGGAAGUCUGCGCUGAUUGCAGCGCUGUGUGACAAGGAUUUGGAGACUGUAGAGAUACCGGAGAGACGGACGGAUUCCGGGAUCCCCAGUCUACGAGCUGCGGGCCCAGGCCUCUUCUUGGGCGAGCUGAGCUGCCCGCCUGCAGAGCCGGGGCCCUGGGCGGCGGAGGCCAACCUGCUGGUACUGGUGCUGCCGGGACCCGAGGGAAACGCGGAGCCCUUGGCCCCAGCGCUGGGAGAGGCAGCGCGGGCAGCUCUGGCCCGAGGGACCCCGCUGCUGGCUGUGCGGAAUCUACGUCCUGGGGAUUCACAGAAUGAAGAGCAGGCCCGAGAUCAGACAGAGGCCCUGCUGAACAGCGCGGGAUUGGGGUCCACAUCUCUCUUCGUGCUGCAGGCUGACUGCAGUAACGGCGACAGUUGCGAGGAGCUGGAGCGCCUGCGGGCGGCGUUGCGGAGCCAGGCGGAGUCGCUGCAGAGGCUUUUGCCACCGGCUCAGGAUGGCUUCGAGGUACUGGGUGCAGCAGAGCUUGAGGCUGUACGGGAGGCCUUCGAGACUGGUGGCCUGGAAGCCGCGCUGUCGUGGGUUCGCGCUGGCCUGGAGCGACUGGGCAGCGCGAGGCUGGACCUGGCCGUAGCGGGCACAGCUGACGUGGGCCUUGUGAUGGACACGCUACUCGGGUUGGACGCAGGUGCUGAGCCUGCUUCAGCCCCCGCGGGGCCCACGCCCUAUCCCGCCCCAGAACGUCCCAAUGUGGUGCUCUGGGCUGUACCUCUGGGCUGCGUGGGUACUGCUGCUACCUCCCACCCUACCCACUACGACGCCCUCAUCCUCGUCACCCCUGGGGCCCCCACUGAGAAGGACUGGGCCCAGGUCCGACCCUUAGUACAACCAGAUGCGCCGCUGGUCUGCGUGCGAACAGACGGCGAGGGCAAGGAUCCAGAGCCUCUGGAAGAGGAGGGAAAGGCGGAGAAGCCUAGCGGCGAGUGCUUAAAGCACGCAGGCGGAGGGGGGCUGGAGAAUGCGCGCAGUGAGGGAAGCGAGAAAUGUGGCCCUGGAGCACAGAAAGCAGGCAGUGGGGAAGGCUCAGAGAGAGCAGGCAGCGGGAGUUUGCGGCAGGUUGGCGUUGGCGUGAAGAAACCGGGCAGCGGGGACUCCGAGCGUGCGGCAGCGCUGAGCCCGGAGGAUGAGUCGUGGGAGGUGCUGGAGGAGGCGCCGCCUCCAGUGUUCCCGCUGCGGCCGGGCGGACUCCCCGGGCUCUGCGAGUGGCUGCGGCGAGCGCUCCCCGCGGCCCAGGCUGGGGCGCUGCUGCUGGCGUUGCCUCCCUCGUCGCCCUACGCGGCCCGAACCAAGGCUGCGGCUCUGCGGGCCGGGGCGUGGCGGCCGGCUCUGCUGGCUAGCCUGGCUGCGGCGGCAGCCCCCGUACCGGGGCUGGGCUGGGCAUGCGACGUGGCGCUUCUGCGGGGGCAGCUGGCGGAGUGGCGGCGGGCGCUGGGGCUCGAACCCGCGGCGCUGGCUCGACGCGAGCGCGCGCUGGGCCUGGCUCCUGGGGAGCUGGCGGGGCGGACGCGCUUCCCCGGCCCGGUGACGCGCGCCGAAGUGGAGGCCAGGCUGGGCUCGUGGGCGGGCGAGGGCACGGCCGGCGGUGCGGCGCUGGGCGCGCUCUCCUUCCUGUGGCCGGCGGGCGGCGCGGCGGCCACCGGCGGCUUGGGCUACCGCGCGGCGCACGGCGUCCUUCUGCAGGCGCUGGAGGAGAUGUGCGCCGACGCUGAGGCGGUGCUGGCGCCCCACCUGCUCGCGCAGUGAAAGGGGGUGGGAGGAGGGGACGGGGCUUCCGGGGUGCCCAGCGUCCCGGCUGCUUGGCUCUGCCAGGGGCUGAGGACUUCAAGUCCCGGAUGGUGGGGGGUGGGGUGGGGGGCCCAGACUGAGGCCUGGGAUGUCUGGGCCUCUGAGGUAACAGCGGGGGCUCUAAGGGGAUGAGAGCUCUGACUACUGUUCGGAUGUGUGACUUCCUGAAGGGGAAUCGAGUCUGGGGGACAGGACUCCUGACUUCUCUGGGGACCACAGGGCAUGAUUCCCAGAUUUGUGUCUGACAGUUGAGGGACUAGACCCCUAGAAGGGGGUAUAUCUUAGUCUCCAAGGGAGUGGAAACUGGGUCUAUUCACGUCUGGUUCUCCGGCGGUAGAGGGAGUGAUAGCCCUGAUUUCCUGAUGAGGGGGUUUCCAUCACAUGGUGGGUGGGGGGAUCCAAUAUGGAGGAGGUGGUUUGAGCAUUCCCAGGGAGCUGGACUCCUUGGGCUUCUGAACCACAAAGGGGUAUGGUGUCUAGGUUACCUGGGGGGAUUAGGCCUGCAUACAGCCUCCCAGUACCUUGAGAGGCAGUAAGCUUUGAAUCUUCAUGCAGGGGAGAGGGGUCUCUGAGGUCUCACGUGGUGGCUUGCAAGAAGCAGUGCACAUUGGUUCCUAAUUCCUGGGUGGUGAGAACUAUCCAUCUAGAGGGGAAACAGGCUAUGUAAAAAAGAGCUGGAGACCCUUUGUUCCCUUGAGUAGAGGGGUGUCUAAUAUUUGCUCCUCCAGUGGCCUGGUGACCCAAACUCUUCCAGAUCUUGUGGGGAGGAUGGUCCCACAAAAACGAGGGAAGGAGGUCAGAGAUCUAGGCUUGGUGGCUCUGGGAUGGCCAGAGACCAGGCAGGAGGCCUUCUGGGUGUGGGAGGGCAGGAACCCAUACCUCAGAGGUAUCUCCCACAAGUCCCUAAUAGAUUUGGAUCCUGGCAACAGCUUCUCCCUAUGUGAGUUUGGGAAGGAAUAUUACCCCCCUUUUAUAGGUUCUGAGUAAUUCAGGGGAACUUUGAGGAGUCUGUUCCUCUGUUCUUUUCUCCUUUAGGGGUUUCUGUCUUCUUUUGGUCAUGUUUCUUUCUGUCAUUAAACCUUAACCCUUUCUGGCCUUGGUAUUUUGUGCACCUGCCUUUUUUUGAAAAGCAGCUGUACCAAUUCAGACGUUUCUGUGUUGGCCUCCUCAGGUAUCCCCAAGAGGCUCUGCCUUCUGAUGUGCACAGAGUGUGUGCAGUGAGCAAGAGACCCACAGAACAGGUAGGUAGUGGUCCAGACCAUGGGAAUGUGCCACUCGUGAGGCAAAAGCAGAAACCACAGUGCCUGGAAUGUUCUAGACUGCCAACUACAUGUAGAGGAGAUACCACAGGUCACAGAAUUCUUCUAUGUCAAAUACAGGAAGGGGGAACCUGAGAAACCAUCCAGUAGAAUCUCUUUUGUGACAGAUAGAUAAGGGAAAGCAAAGCCCAGAGAGGGCAGGCUCUAGGCCUAACAGCACACAGCAAGGCCCUGUGUGGUCUGGCCCCUGCCUAUUCUCAUUCCCUGCCCUACCACAUCCCUAACCAGCCUGAUAGAUCUACCUUCUGGUGCUUGGGUUCUGCAUCAGGACAUUUGCACUUGCUGUUCUGCCUAGCAUGCUCUGACCCCAGAUCUAACCAUGCCUCUUUCUUUCAAUGAGGUCUCAGCUCAAAUGUCCUCUCAGAGAGGCCUUCUGUGACCACUCUAACUAAAGUAGCUCACAUGCCUCCAUUAUUUAUCUCAGUUGGUUGAUUUUCCUUGUAGAAUUAUUACUAUAGAAAUAGUAUUUAUUUAUUUAUUUAUUUACCUGUUUAUUGGCUAUCAUCUCCUUGCCUGUCCAUUCUCUGCUAUAUCCCAGGCACUGAGAAUAUUGCUUGAUAUCUAGCAGGCACUGAGUAAGUAUUUUAAUUCAAUCAGUGGCAGACCUAAGGCUGGAAUUUAGAUUGUUGGCCUUUACAGGGCAGGGAAAAGGAGUGAGAUAGAGUGAAAACAAGCAUCUAAGGGUCAAGAGACCUGGGAAUCAAGUGUAGUUUUACUGCUGUCACUCCAGGUGACUGGACCAGUGCCUUAUUUUCCAUCUGUGAAAUGAAAGGGCUGAAUAAAACCCAUAAAUACUUUUGAGAGCCUGUUGCCUUUGACAGCUGGAGAUAAGAGUGACUGAUUUGAGGAGCAGACCCUUGAGCAUCUCCAGCUUGAAUGCCCACCACAGCUACAAUCUGUCCCAUCAAAACUGAGAUGGCCAAAGUGGGGGGGAAAUAUUUGGCUGUCUACAGAAUGGCUCCAUGAAUAGUCUGAAAGCUCUUUCAACCUAGGGAAAUGUUAUUCAUCCGUAUCUUUAAUACCGAGUACAACACUGUCUACCCCUCUCCUCAGACCAGUAUUCAAACCUCUCGGUCAAGCAGGCCAGCCAUGUGAGAGAGCAGGGGAGGUGCAGAGCAGCGCUGUCUAAUAGCAGUAGAAUGUGAGCCACGUAUGUAAUUGUAAAUUUUCUAGUGCCACAUUUUUAAAGAAUGAAACAGGUGGAACUAAUUUCAAUGUUUUACUUAACCCAGUAUAUCCAAAGUAUGAUCAUUUCAACAGGUAAUCAAUACAGAAAAGUUUUAGUGAGAUAUUUUACAUUCUUUUAAGCUAAGUCCUUGAAGUCUGGUGUGUAUUUUACACCUAACAGCACAUCUGGUUCAGAUGAUAACACUUGCAUCAGAAAUACUUGACCUUAAUUUGGCUUUCAGGAAAUUGGUAAUUGGAGAAGUAGAUUCAUAUACCCAAGUUGUCCCUAAUAUAGUGAACAGUUUUCCAAUAACUGAGAUACAUAUCAAUUUUUAAAUUAAUUAAAAGUAAAAAAUAAAAUUCCACCUUCCAUCUUGUGCUCAGUAGCCACAGGUGGUGAGAGGCUCCAGCACUGAACAGCACCAACCUAGAGCACUACUGUCACCGCAGGACCUCCUAGCACAGCUCUGGGUCAGACUGCCCUUCAGACUUUGGGGGUGACCUUGGGCAAGUCACUCAGCAAAUGGCAUCUACCUCACGGGGCUAUUGUGAGAAUUCAGUGUGUGUGUGUGUACACAUGUUCUGCCUCACACGCACGCCAAUGUACUGCGGCCCUGAGAAGCCCAGCACACUGGGAGCUCCGCCAUUUGUCGCCUUGCUCUUGCCAUUUGCCCUCAGCCCCAGGCAGCACCCAGACAACUCCAGUCUGGGUACUUUCUGUCUCACCCCCAUGCCUUCAUGCACAGGGGGCCCUCCUCUUUUUCUGCCAUUUUGACGCCAUCUCAGAUUUGGGCCUGGGUCAUAUCUCUGCUUCCCUGUUCCAGAGUUCCUCUGCCCUCACACCAGUGAGAAUUACGACAGAGAUCAUAUCUGAGAAAGCAAGACCCAAUUUUGUUUGCACGUGUCUCUGUAUGUUUGGAAGUGCUGAUUGUGUGUACAUGGUUAUGCACAGUCAUGCUUGGGUGUUGUAAGUCUGGGGAAAGGAAAUCCCAGAGCAAAAUACCUCUAAAACUGAAAUCAGUCAAAGGGAGAUAUAAAGUUUAGAAUCCGUUUAUUGGUUACAAACUGCAGUCUGGGGCCGUCUCUCUCUCCUGCUCCAGCAGAAGCAAACCCCCCCUCCCCUCCCCUCUCAGGUACAGAUAAGCCCUCCUUGCCCAGGAAUUACCCACGGAUAGGGAGAUGACCUUCUCUCUACCCCUGAGGAAUGAUGCAAAUGAACUAAAGCCAUACUUCUCUCCACCCUCGAGCGCCUGUUGAUAUGCAUAUGUACUAAAGCCAGGUGAGAUAUUCUGGAAAUAUUACAAUUUUACCCACAGGUGUCAAGACUACUUUUGGGGGUGGUGGUUUUGUAAAUCAUGACUUUCGAUAGGAUUGAAUUUUAUCCUCUGUGGAGGCAUGAGGUUCCUAGUGAGGCAUCUGUCUCUGGGAACAUCCAAGUAGAAAAAGACUAAGACUCCCCUGUGGCUGCCGUCAGGGUGUGUCUACGUGGCACCUGAAGGGGCUGAAAGACCCUUGAAGGCAAGAACUCAAGGAAAUACAUGAUAAAUCUUGGCAUUGCCAUCGCCAGAAGCAGAAUAAGCACAAAAAACGUGAGUGGGUGAGACAGUCUCGCUGCCUGAGCUGAGUUUCAUACAUUUCUGGAUAAUGAUAAUGGAAUCGGUGUCCCUCGGGGGUGUGGUCAGCCUGUGGUGGUUCUUGGACUGAAUAAAAUGAGUAGAAAUC